UUGCUUUCCCAAAAGGUGUUCUCAUCCAGAGCCGACUGGACUGUAGUUUCGACCUCGCCUCGGUCGUAUCAACACCCCCAGCGGGACUCAAACCAUGUGAAUGCAGCAUGUGAGCUUGACACGUUAACCACUCGUCCGUAUUUCCACGAGCGCCCUUUCUUGGGUCACAUGGCAGGUGUGAAUUUCAAGGAAGGCCAGGCUUUUGCCAUAGCAUAUUCUUUGGUGUGGUUUCAGAAUAGACGCGCCAAAUGGCGCAAAACCGAAAAGACUUGGGGCAAAAGCAGCAUAAUGGCCGAGUACGGGCUCUACGGUGCCAUGGUGCGACACAGUCUUCCUUUGCCCGAGACGAUUCUGGAGACGGCGGUCAACGGGGUGGAGCGCUCGUGUGCUCCUUGGCUGCUCAGUAAGUCGGAAAUGGAUGGGACUCUCAAGAAUAGUGUGAUGUUUGCAUGCAUCUAUACUUAA